CGACCCUGGUGUGGCUGGUGCCUGGUGUGCCUGAUGGUGUUAGGAGGAUGAACUUGCUAUGGAGAUCUCUUUAUUGAUGAAGACAAUAAAACAAAUGUGAGCUAAGAUGCUGUUGAAGUGUGUUUUAAAUGUGCACCUGGCUGACCUGAGUGACACCUGUGAUCCGUGUGAAGUGUGUGAAUCGGUAUGGUGGUUAUGGAGAAACUCAUCCUUAGCAGAGAGAGAGAGAGAGAGAGAGAGUGUGUGUGUGUGUGUGUGUGUUAGGGGGCGAGCCCCCGGUGCCCGCGCUUGAUGUGGCGCUCGGUGCAUUCAUCCCAACCUCCGCCUCCACUCGAUUGGUCACGCCUUAGCUUAGCGGUGCAUAUGGGGGCAAAAUGGCUGCUUCCACCUCCCCGCAGACCCAAACAAUAGCGGAAAAACUGUCUGGCUUCAGCUGCCAGGAGUCCGUUGCACUGCGGUUACGGACCGGUGAUGAGGAGGAAGCAGCUGAGGAAGAGGACGAGGAGGAGCUGCAGCUGGGUGAUCUGAGCCCGAGCCCAGGGAAAACAGGGCUGUACAGUGUGGACACAGGCAGCCUCUCUUCCGGGGAGGAUGCAGACGCCAAGGUCCAGAGCUUGAAGUGUGAGGUGUGUGGGGUUCAGUUCGAGACCAGGCGGGGACUGUCCAGUCACGCCCGCUCUCACUUGCGCCAGCUGGGCAUCAGCGCCUCAGAGAGCAGCGGGACACCCAUCAGCCUCCUCUACCAAGUCGUCAGGGAGCGCAGCACAGACGGCCAAAUAAGCCCAUCUCUCCUGGAACCGCUUUCAUCCAAGAACAACCCCCCUCCUAUUCCUCCAAAAGAUGACGAUUUGGAAGACAUGGACUUAGAUGAGAAACCGAUCCCUUUCUCCCCCCUGGCCAAAGCAGCAAAAGCAGUGGCCCCCUCCUGCUCGUCCACACCAACGCCUUCUCCUGGUGCCUCUCCAGGUCCGCCUCACUCUGCCUCCCCUUCCUCAGUGGUGAGGAAAGCCCCCAUUUCCUCUCUGCUGCCUGUGUCUUCCCCCUUGCGCUCCCCGGAACACAAGGCCGGUGGAAUGAAAAGUCUGACCUCUAACCUCUCUGGCCCAGCCGCGACAACCAAACCUCUGUGGGCCCCCCAGGAGAACGAUGCUCCUCUCAACCUCACACUGGAGGUGGACCCCAACAAGGACAUUGUCUGUCAGCUGUGUGGUGCCUGGUUUGAGACCCGAAAAGGCCUGUCCAGCCACGCACGAGCCCAUCUGCGCCACUUUGGGGUGGAGUACUCUGAAUCCAAGGGCUCUCCCAUCGACCUCCUGAACCAGCUCAUCGACACUGACGACUUUAAGCACAAAGCCAGUGUGCUGCAGCUGGACAGCCACACGGAACCACGGGGCCUCACUGCCACCACCGUCUCCCCCUCGAAGCAGUCUCUGCUGAGCCUCUCUUCUUCCUCCUCCUCGUCCCUCCUCUAUAAGGUGACCACGAGUGGCGGGGGGUCGACGUCCAAAGCUACCUCUUCCUCUGCCUCGUCUUUGCUUGGCCCACCUGCCAAGCGACUCAAGUCCUCUUCCAUGCAGGUCUUCCGCCUGAGCAGUGGAGAGCUCAUGGCCCUUCCACACAGUGAACCUCCAAAGGAAAUUGGCUGUGAGUUCUGUGGGGAGUAUUUUGAGAAUCGCAAAGGGCUCUCCAGCCACGCCCGCUCCCACCUGCGCCAGAUGGGCAUCACUGAGUGGUCUGUCAACGGCUCCCCUAUCGACACUCUGAGGGAGAUCAUCACACGGCGAGGCCUGCCUUGUGCCCUUCCUCUAAAGCCUCUAAAGACUCCACCUCCUUCCUCUCCGGGGCCCCCUCGCUCCCCUCUGUCAACCUCCUCCUCUCCUUCAGCUCCAAUCCUCAGCCGACUUCCCUUCACCUUCACCCGCCCCUCCAGUCCUCCUCAGCCCGCGGUGUCCAAGUCAAGCUCGGCUCCUCCGGUGUCUUCUAGCGGGCUGAUCCUCAAGCUGAAGCCUGAGCCGGUGCAGCUGGAAGUCACCACACAGGGGGCAGUGGGCAGAUCUGGGGGCUUCUCUGGUGACCCUCUCAACUGUAGCUGGAGCAGCUCGGACAGCGCGUUCCCCCUCAACCUGGCUACGGGCCAUGAAGCGGAGCCUACGAGGGACAUUCGAUGUGAGUUCUGUGGGGAAUAUUUUGAGAACCGCAAAGGGCUCUCCAGCCACGCCCGCUCCCACCUGCGCCAGAUGGGCAUCACCGAGUGGUCUGUCAACGGCUCCCCUAUCGACACCCUGAGGGAGGUUAUGCGCAAGAGAGGGGCGGGCACCUCCUCGCACUCAGAUCAGGGAGUGAAGAAGGAGUUGAGCCAGGGAGCCAGCAGCCCCCCCUGGGAGAGCAUGGGAGGCGCCAGCACUACAGAGGGUUCAGGCUACCAGUCGUCCAAAUUCCGUAAAUCUCCUCUUAGUUUGCUGCAGUCAGGCUCCGGGCUCCAUAAGCAGGGCCUGGGGUCUGUGACCUCCCCUGCUGCCCCACCAGCAGGGAAGUUUUUCAGGAUGUCCUCACUCGGGAAGAGGCCCCUGUCAGAGGAGGCGCAGCCGGUGGAGACUCCCCACUCAUCACCACAUCAGUUUAAACAUUUCUCACCUCUGCCACGUGAUUUCUCCUUCAAAAGAAAAGUGUCCCCAGACAAACACAGACACCAGGAUCCCAGCUGUGAGCUGUGUGGCUUCUACUUUGAGAACCGCAAGGCUCUGGCCAGCCACGCGCGAGCCCACCUGCGGCAGUUUGGCGUGACCGAGUGGUGUGUAAAUGGGUCCCCUAUCGAGACGCUCAGCGCUUGGAUACGCAGCAGGCCGCAGAAGGUGUUGGAGAUGCACCGCAGCUACAUGCAGGGGAACCGCUCCACCCUCAAGAAGAAGAGCAGUUCACCUCUGAGGGCCUCUGAAGAUUCUGAUGAUGUCCUCCCUGUCUCACCACAGAAGGCUUCUUCUUCUUCUUCCUCCUCCUCCUCCCAGUGGUCUUCUUCUCUGGCUUUAAGCCUGGUGCGACCACUGAGCCGUGAGGUCAGCCAGGGCUCUUCCAAGGCUGCGGAGAGUGAAGCCGGCACCAACCCGCAGUCCACCCCCAUCAGGCCCGGCCGCAGCAGUCCUGGCGUCUCGCGGCUCGCCAGCGACCUCCCGCUUCAAGCACAGGUGGCUCGCAGUGAACUCAAUGUCCGCCUGCCCAGAGGUUUCGAGCGUCGGCCCUUGAAGCACCCGUCCUGUCCAGAUGGACCAGAGAGGGACAGCGGUCCUCCUAAGCCCCCACGCACAGGCACCGUCCCUGCCUUGGUGCCCAAACCCCCCUCGUACCCACUGGUCAAACUGGUGGGCAAGUUCUACACCCUGAAGUGCCGGUUCUGUGAGGUGGAGUUCCAUGGUCCGCUGUCGGUGCAGGAGGACUGGAUCAGACACCUCCAGCAGCACAUCCUCAAGAUGAACUACAACAAGCCUGCUGCUCCCAGAGCGGUCUCCGCUGACCCCCCUGCCUCGACUGGCAAUCCAGCCCCGGUCCAGGCCUCUGCUCCAGCCUCUACCUCCAGUACCACCUCUGCCACACCUGGCCUCAGCGCCACAGCUCCUAGCAGCCGCUCCCCCACUCCUCUGGCCGAGCGCGCUCCCACCGUCACUGCCACAGAGAUAGUAAAGGUCUCAGAGCAGCAGCCCCCCUCGACUCCGACUCCUGUUCCCCUCACUAGCCAGACGGUGUGAGCUCCUGUUCACCACCCACGAGCAGUUCACCCCUUCAGUUUUCACCUGCCUUAUGUUUUUCCAUCUGUUUCUUUCCUUGUUGUUGAAGAGAAGGGUUUCUCUCUGAAGCCCAGGCAGCUUUGAAGCAGCGUUCUAGACUUUAAGUUCCGUUACCGUGGGAACGAAGCUCUCUGGUGUUAGUGGGAACAGUCCGAGGUUCUGAGGAGAGGUGGGCCCAUGUUUUGUGUUCACCUUGUUUAUACUGAAUGUGCAGGUGUUGACAUGGAAUGUUGCUCUACGUCUCCCCCCAGUCUCUACGUCUCCCCCCAGUCACUGGGUGAUUUUACUGACACCCCCUAUCAGUCUAUUACCCCCAGUCCACCCUGUGAGACUUUGGCCUUUUCUGUCUGCACACUGGCAGUGCUGGCCUCAGCCUCGCACAUAGAGGUCCUCACGGAGACAAAGUGACAUUUCUAAUCACGACAGUCUCACCGAGACUUUAAACUUGUGGUAACACUUAGUGUUAACGAAAAAGCACUUUGAACACUGACAGUGUCACUCAGCACUUACUGAAGCAUGCACUGACAGCAGCUUCAUGAAGCAUUCACACCAGUUCGCUCUGUGCAGGUGUGGAUUUCAUUUGACCCAUCGGUCUACACUUAGCAACCCAUAAUAUCAACGUGAAAAAAUGUUGACACACUUUGUAAAGCUAUUAAAAAUCACACAUCUCUCAAACAAACACAGGUACUUGUAGAAGCCCCUCUGGCAGCAGCUUCCAGCCUGAUCCCAUUCCUCCUGGCAGAUCUCAGUCACACCAUCGUCACAUCUCUCGACAGAUGUUCCAGAGCCAGGGCUACCCACAGAAAGGUAGAGAGAGAGAGAGAGAGAGAGAGAGAGGACACACGACAGUUAGUGACGCGUAGCGGUGGCAUAUAAGAAUAAAACAGAGGGGGAGGGGAGGUGUUGGACUGGCUGGAGUCCUCAGUGACUGGCCCUGAAGCUGCUGCAGCAUUGUUACAGGUUACCGAGUGUAGACCCAUGGGCCAAAGUGGCAGUUGGACCCAUUUAACGUAAAUCAACAACACAAAAAAUGUGCAGAGAGUGGCUGAAAACUUAGUGAAGUUACUGUGAAUGUGUGGAAGGUGAGGAAAACAAACUCCACCUGGUUAGAGAAGCAAGAAGUGGGAGCACACCCAAAAAGGGAAGACCCCCCCCGUUAACUUUAUAAUGCAACACUUUCCCAAAAUACACAUCUGCUGGAACGUAGCUUACAGCACCUGCUGCUACGUUCUGUGCACAUUCAUACACAAACGUCGGCCCCUUGCUGAUGUCACUAAUCCCCAGGCUGGUGUUGUGUUGAAGUGGGGCCUUAGAAAAGUUCCACCUUUCGUUUCCGUUCAGUGUUGCCAUUUUCUUCCUGCCUUUCUCGAUGUAACCAAAUUCUUAUUUAUUUAUUUUCAUGCAUCUGAAUGUGGUAAGCUAGGUCAUGGAAUGUUUCAAAAAUAGGUCAGCGGUGCACUUUGACAUGGUGCACAGUUUGUGUGUGUGUUAGUUUCUGCACAUAUAGAGCAGUUGUGCAUUUGUUUCCCAUUUUAAAGUGGAAGAAGUCAAACUGCUCCUCGUUGGCUCAGAGUGAACAGUGUGGGAGCCUGUCUGUGCAUAGUCUGGUCAGGACAUCCGUCGUCGUGUUGGGAUGUGCCAAAGCGUCUGUUUACUUCCUCGCCUUGCCUCUGUAGAAGCUGUUUACAUCGGACCUGAUGCUGGAGCACAGAGGCUCCACGCUGAACAGUGGACCGAACCAGCAGCGAUCUGCAUCCACCAUGUGCACCGUCCAGCCCCUCCAGUUUGAAAGACUCGGGCUCCUGGGGUGGCAUCAUGGGACUCGUGUUGUUACUGUAGGGUUGGAUGAUUGCAGACUUGAUUUGCAGGCCGGGCCGUCAGCCCCCGGUCCAAACCCAGAGACUGUGAGGCCGAGGUCUCGCUCUGGUUCCUUCCGCGUUGCUUCAGAGCGUGUCCAUAUCAACCUAGAGCUGAAGCAAUAACUAAAGGGUCCACGUAGGCUGACGACCUUUUAACGUUUGUCCCAGUGUUUGAACUAUGACUGUUUGACCCAAACGAUACCCCACCCCUUUUAUGGAGCAUAGAUACACACUAUAUAACUACAUGUACUUAACACUGUUGAUGCUAGUAGAGCCAUCAGCAGUUCUAUUAGCAAGGUAGUUAAAAAACAAGUGAUCUUAUUUCCUCUAUUGUGAUUUGACUUCAGCUCUGAUGCUCUGUAUUUUUUAUUGCUCUGUGCAUUUCUGUAUUUGCAGUCCUGCAAGGUGAAUCUUAGAGUAUUUUUUAUUUUUAUCUUAGUCUCUCCAAGCUGAAUCUCUGGUGCUGGUGAGAAUGGUGGUGUUGGUCGGGAGCCGGUGAGUGACUGAACAUGAGGAAGACAUUUUAAUGUCACGUCCUGGUAUCAAAGGACGCUAAUAAUAAUAAACCAUUGUUAAAGGGGAGCACGGUGCCCUGUGAUGA